ACAGUGCGCGGCCUGUCGAUUGGCCCGAGCGGAGAGACGCCUCCGCGGCCACUGGCCGAAGCGGACAAAGGGGAGCUGGCGGGUUCGGACGGGCAGGUUUCCGUGCGGUGAUUGGAUGGAUGGGAGGGCGAGGCGGCGGGCAUGCGGCUCACCGGAAACGAGCGGAGAGCCAACGGCCGGUUGGCAGGAAGUCAGCCACCCAGGAGGCGGGUUCUAACCGGGAAGGGCGGGGCAACCAUAAGUCCGGCGGCUAUUGGAAGGACUGAAGUAGCACCGGCCGCUAAUUGGUCCGCCUGAGGCGGUGCCGGCCGUUGAUUGGACGGAGCGGGGGGAGCCGGGAUCCGAUUGAGCCGAGGGGAGGGAGUCGGGAUCUGAUUGGGCGGAGGGGAGUGAGCCGUCAGCUGAUUGGACGGAGGGGAGGGAGACGGGAUCUGAUUGGACGGAGGGAAAGGAGACGGGAUCUGAUUGGACGGAGGGAGAGGAGACGGAGGAAUUCGAACGCGGAGAGCGCGAGAGGCCCGGAUCAUGGAUUUUGAGUUUGUCAUCCCCCAGGCCCGGCUGGACUUGCUGAAGAGCGGCCGGGUGAAGCAGUACGUGGUGGAAGAGCUCCUGCCCACCUCCCAGCUCCCCCAGCGCGUGAAAGAGUUCGAAUCCGCCUUGCGUUCACAGGGGCCCUCGGCAAUCCUGGAACACUUCGAUGCUCCCUACAGCGUCGUGUGCCGCUUUGCAUCUGUCAACUCCACCCUGCAGGAGCAGACGUUCGACCUGCUGAUGAAAGUGGUGUCUGGACACGCGGGCGAGCUGCCGGGCGUCCUGGCGGACAGCGAGCUGGACCCCUCCGACAGGCUCCGGCAUCUGAACGUGCUGAAGAUGGGCUGCUACCUGCUGAGUCAGCUGAUGGAGGCGCUGGAGGAGCGCGGACUGCAGCUGCAGGCGGCCAACCUGGGCCCCACCGGCAAGGCCCGGCGUGCGAGGCCGGGCCCUCCCUCUCAGGGCCGGCUGUGGGACUGGGAGUCCGAGCGGCUCUGUGCCCUGCAGCACCUCACCCAUCUGCUGCAGCUGGACCUCGGCCGCCUCUGGCCCCUCGGCCUGCCCGAGGCUGACUUCUGCCGGGUGAUCUCCGGCGCCUGCUACCGCCUGCUGGAGAGCCCGACCGCAGCCCACGUCAGGAGCCGGCCCCUCUGCGAGGCGGUGGCGCAUCUGCUGGGGCUGAUGAUCCGCCGGCACAACCACACGUUGGGAGCCACGCUCAAUGUGAUCCAGCUGCUCCAGCACUUCGAGCACAGCCCCUCCGUCCUGGUGCAGGUGGUCAGCCUGUGGACCCGUGAGUAUGGAGCCAAGACCAUCGUGGCAGAGAUCAUGAGGGAGAUUGGUCUCUGUGCCUCGGGGGACAGCUCUCGGGAGACUCUGGGCGUCCGAUCCUUUGGGACUUUCCUGGCAGAGCUGUCAGAGGCCAUACCGGAGGUGAUGAUCCCCAAUGUCAGCCUCAUCAUGGACCUCCUCAACAGAGAGAGCCACGUGCUGCGGACGGCCGUGCUGAGCUGUGCGGCGCAGAUGGUGACGCAGGCACUGAGCGGCCCCGGGCUGGAGCCGGCCUCCCGCCAGCUGCGGGACAGCUUCCUGGACACGCUGCAGCUGCACCUAAACGACACACACGCCCUGGUGCGCAGCCGCGGCCUGCAACUGCUGGCCCUCGUCGUGCAGGCCAAGGCCCUGCCCAUGAAGCGAUUCCACCCCGUCGUGACGCUGGCGAUGGGGAGGCUGUGCGACAAGGCGGUCAACGUCUGCAAGAACGCCAUCCACCUGCUGGGCACCGUCCUCGCCAACAACCCCUUCACCGGCAAGCUGAGUAUCGAGGAGCUGCGGACGUCCCUCGAGAAGGAGAUGGGUAAACUGGCCCAGCUGAGGGAGGAGAGAACGCAGGCUGGAGCGAUGGUGCUGGAACCCGGGGAGGAGUGGGCAGCAAUGCAACCCGAGCUGCUGCCGGCGGUCCGCUGCGUGCUGCAGGAGGAAGAGGAGACCCACCGUGGGGAGGAGGACCCAGAGGACAGGGCCGGCGACGAUGACACUGCCCAGAGACUCUCAGAUCGAAUUUGUUCGCUCCUGAAGGCAGCCAAGUACAAACAAGCUGUCCGCCUGGCCCGGGAGGGCAGGGAGCUAUUCGCGGAUGAGCCCCCCUUCCUGGCCCCUGAUCCAGAUGGCGCAGGGAGCGAGGAGGAUGCCCUUCUCCGAGUGCUGGAGACCUGCCUCACAGGUCCCGGCACGGACAGGGUCUCCGAAUCGUACUGCCCGCCCCCAGACGCCGAGCAGGAGACGGGGGGAGCCUCCUCGCUGGCCCGCCAGGAGGUCCUGGUGCAGUACCUGCGGGACACGCUGACCUUCGGCGAGAAGAUUCAGGGCGCCAUCGACGUCGUCUGCAAACUGCUGGGCUCCAAGAACCCCUCUGUGGUACAGGACGCCAUCCACUUCUUCGUGACGAUCUCGGAGUUCGAGGUGUCGGGCUCGAUGGUGGGCAUGAGGCAGAUGCUCCCCCUCGUCUGGUCCAAGGAGGCCGGAGUGAAGGAAGCCGUGGUGGAGGCCUACAGGCGGCUGUACCUCAAUCCCGGUGGGAAGAGGCCGAAACCACAGACUCUGGUUCAGAACCUGACCGGCCUGAUCUUCGAUUCCACUGUCGAGCGCAUCAAGUGUCUGGAGGAGCUGGUGAGUGAGUUUGUGCAGAAGGAGGAGGUCGAUUCCGCUGUGAUCCAGCUGCUGUGGGAGCGGUUCACCGCUAAAGUGCCCUGUACGCCAGAGGAGAGGAGGGCAGCUGUGAUCCUACUGGGCAUGGCAGCUCGAGGUGAACCGGAAAUUGUGGGCAGUAACCUGGAGACCCUUUACACUGUCGGCUUGGGGUCACAAGCAUCCCAGGACUAUCAGCUCGCCCGGGACAUCUGCCUUGCCGUUGGAAAGCUGUCAAACUCCAAGAAGGGCGUUCCUGGACGGAGUGAGGCUGCCUUCCGCCUGCCCUCGGACCACCCGCUCUUCUCCCAUCUCUGCGCGGCCGUGACAGAAGGCUUUUCAGUUCCCAGCCUGCACUGGCGCCCCUUCGCCGAGGCCGCCGUCUCCCUCCUCUACCGUCUGGCCGAGAACCCGGACCGGCUGUGCGGGAGCCUCCUCCUCGGCUGCUCCCGGCUCCUCGUCGCCCCGGGGCCCCCAGGCGACUCCCCGCCACCCGGCGCCCAAUCGGAGGAGGGCAAAGGUGGGGUGACGGAGCUGCCGGUUCACAUGCUGACCAACCUGGUGAGCCUGGUGGGACAAGUUGCCUUGCAGCAGGUGGUUCACCUGGAGCAGGCCGUCGGCCCCGAGCUCCAGAGGCGACGGCUCGACCGCGAGCAGAAGGCCAACAAGCAGAGAGGAGCCAACAAGCCCAAGCGGGCCAGCGUCAGCGCCAUCGAGGAGGAGCUGGGCUUGGCGGAGAACGCGGCCGAGGACACAGAGGCGGAGCUGGUGCGCAAGGUUUGCGACGCGGAGCUGCUGCAGGAGGGACAGCUUCUCUCGGCCUUCAUCCCCCUGGUGGUGAAGCUGUGCAGUAACCCUGGCGUGUACAGCGACCCGGACCUGGCCACGGCCUCCUGCCUCGCCCUCUGCAAACUGGCAAUCGUCAGCCACGACUUCUGUGAGUCGCACCUGCGUCUGCUCUUCACCCUGCUGGAGAAAUCAGCUCUGCCCGCCAUCCGAUCCAACACCAUGGUAGCCCUUGGGGACCUCAGCUUCCGAUUCCCCAACCUCAUCGAGCCCUGGACCCCUCACCUGUACGCCAGGCUGCGUGACCCCUCCCCUGCCGUCCGCCGAACCGCCCUGAUUGUUAUGACCCACCUCAUUCUGAAGGACAUGGUGAAGGUGAAAGGUCAAAUCAGUGAAAUGGCCUCGCUACUCGUUGACGAGGAGGAAGAGAUCGCCUUGCUGGCCCGUAGCUUCUUCAAUGAGUUGUCCAACAAGGGGAACGCUGUGUACAACCUGUUGCCGGACAUCAUCAGCCGUCUGUCCGACCCGGAGGGCGGGAUCGAGGAGGAGCCCUUCCGCACUGUCAUGAGGCAAAUGUUCAGCUACAUCAGCAAAGACCGACAGGUCGAGAGCCUGGUGGAGAAACUGUGUCAGCGAUUCCGCACCGCCAGGCUGGAACGACAGCAUCGGGACUUGGCUUUCUGCCUGGGGCUGCUGCCCGGCACCGACCGGGUCCUGCGGCGGCUGCAAGAGAACCUGGACUGCCUGGCCGAUAAACUGCAGCACGACGCCGUCUACCAGCAGCUGAUGGCCCUGGUGGGCAAGAUGCGGCGUGGGCUCCGUCCCGAGUUCAAGGUUCUGGUCGAUGAAUUUGAGCAGAAGAUCACCCACUGCCACUCUCGAGGGAUGGACGAUGGUGAGCUCGAGGAAGCACCCCAGCCUCCCAAGGCCGUCAGCAAAAAGCCGGCGGAGAAGAAGGCCGGCCCCAGCAGGACUCCGGCCGCCCUGCAGGUCACCCCGAGGGUCAGCAGCAGGAGCAGGCCAGCUCGCCGCGUCCGCGUGGACUUCUCCAGCGACGAGGAGCAGGAGGAGGGAGGGGUGAUGGCCUGCGAGACCCCAGAGUUCAUGUCACCCAUCCGCCGGUCCAGCAGGAGGAGAGGGGCAGCUGCGUCGAAAUGAGUCGUCUUGGCUCGAGUCCGCUCGUCCGGGUGGGAGGGGGAACGGGGUGUGUGUGUGUGUGCGUGUGUGUGUGU